CUCCCGCGAUAUUUCCGGACGCUUCGGCCCCUGAGUGGCUGAGGGUUUCCAAGUAUCAUGGCGGCCGGAGUGUUCUGGACCAUAAGAGUGGCUCUAUGAAGGAAGAAGUGGAAGAUUCUGCUGAAGAUGAGGCGAUUGAAUCGAAAGAAAACCUUAAAUCUAGUGAAAGAAUUGGAUGCCUUUCCAAAGGUUCCUGUAAGCUAUGUAGAGACUUCGGCAAUUGGGGGUACAGUUUCUCUAAUAGCAUUUACUACAAUGGCUUUGUUAACCAUAAUGGAGUUUUCAGUAUAUCAAGAUACUUGGAUGAAGUACGAAUAUGAAGUAGACAAGGAUUUUUCUAGCAAACUAAGAAUCAAUAUAGAUAUUACCGUGGCUAUGAAAUGUCAUUAUGUUGGGGCUGAUGUAUUGGAUUUAGCAGAAACAAUGGUUGCACCUGCAGAUGGUCUAGUUUAUGAACCACAUUAUUGUGUCAAGGUUCUUUUUUGGUCACAGCUUUCAGGUGCUGGUUCUCUCUCACCCAAGGCUGUCACUGCAGCACAGAUAGGGCUAGAGUCCUUAUCAGGAAAAGUUCCUUCAGCCUUUUUGGACGCCGGCCCCUGGCUACCCAUGCUGUCCAGGAGAAGAUUUCCUGUAAUUCGAACUGAGGAUACCUUCAAACCCAGCUAUCCCCAGGGCUCCCCACUUGCUGUUUUUCAUAAAGAGAUGGUCCUUCUUCCAAGGCAAAUCCCUCCAGAUGUACAAGUAAUAUUUGAUCUCUCACCCCAACAAAGAGAGUGGCAGAGAAUGUUGCAGACAAUUCAGAGUAGACUACAAGAAGAACAUUCACUACAGGACGUGAUUUUCAAAAGUGCUUUUAAAAGUGCUUCAACAGCACUACCCCCAAGGGAAGAUAAUUCUUUACAACCUCCAGAUGCAUGCAGAAUUCAUGGUCAUCUAUAUGUCAAUAAAGUGGCAGGGAAUUUUCACAUAACUGUGGGCAAGGCAAUCCCACAUCCCCGAGGUCAUGCACACUUGGCAGCACUCGUUAGCCAUGACUCCUACAACUUUUCCCAUAGAAUAGAUCAUUUGUCUUUUGGUGAACUUGUUCCAGGAAUUAUUAAUCCAUUAGAUGGAACUGAAAAAAUUGCUAUAGAUCACAACCAGAUGUUCCAAUACUUUAUCACAGUUGUGCCAACAAAACUGAAUACAUACAAAAUCUCAGCAGACACUCACCAGUUUUCAGUGACAGAAAGGGAACGUGCCAUUAAUCAUGCAGCAGGAAGCCAUGGAGUAUCUGGAAUAUUUAUGAAAUAUGAUCUUAGUUCCCUUAUGGUAACAGUGACUGAAGAACAUAUGCCAUUCUGGCAAUUUUUAGUGAGACUAUGUGGUAUUAUUGGAGGAAUUUUCUCAACGACAGGUAUGCUACAUGGAAUUGGAAAAUUCAUAGUUGAAAUAAUUUGUUGUCGUUUCAGACUUGGAGCCUACAAACCUGUUACUUCUGUCCAGGAUGGCCACACAAACAACCACUUACCUCUUACAAAAAAUAGUAUACAUAGCACCUCCUGAGAAGAGGAGAAAACUUUUUGCCUGACAGAAAAUCUUUUUUUAAAUAAUAAAGUAUUGUGCAGUAUAUUCAAAGAAAAAAAAAGUAUGAAUGGGAAGGAGAAAUCAAACCAUAAAAAAACAACCUUCUAUGUGUUGGUCUUUUACAAAUUUGUUAGAAGAGGUUAUGAGGUUCAUCUCUUAAUUGAACCUAACAGGAGAAAUUCUGUGAAGAAAUCACAACUAUUACUUUCACAGCAAAUGGGCAGUCAACAUUAAAACCAGAUCAUUCUUAUUGGUGAGGUAAAUUCUUAAAAGAAAAAGGUCAAACUGCUUUUGAAUAAAAAAGUAGUAGGCAUGGAGAAUUCCUACAUGUUGGAAUGAAAAUGUGUUUAAGAUUAAUUCAGAUGCUGAAAAUCAGUGAUUGUUCCCAACACUAACAAAGGAAAAGAACAAAAAUAGCUCCUAUGUAUAGUCUUAUUAAUAUCAAGCCAUACUAAUACAAAGAUUCCAUUGCAUUAAGAGUGAUAAAAAAUAAGAAAUGUGACCUAAUAAUGAGAAAUGUCACUGUAAUUGGAUCUUUUAAUUAUCUAACAUUGCUCAAGUCAGGAUGACAUUGAUGCUUAAGAAAUGUAACUAAGUACAAAUUCUUACUGAAAAAAAUCUGAGAACUCUUUUGGAUGGUAAUUGGGAAAACUAUGACUUUAUAAAAAAAAAAGUGCUAUUUUUAUUUUAUUUGAUCAGUUUCUCUUUGCAAAAAGUUUAUACCUAAACAUAGAAUUUAAGGAGUUUAAAUCGAAAACAAUGCAUCUAUAAUGAGAAUUAAUCUUAUGAAGGAAUUAAGAUGUGGACUUGUCAUAUUUAUGUUUGUGUUGUGUUGAUUUAAGUUAAUUUAUCCAAGCAAUAUAAAGUUAAAAAGCAAGUCAAAAGGAGUCAGCAUUAUGCUUAUAGAAAAGAUGCAGGAGUUGUUAGAUACAAAAUGAAAGAAUGUGAUUUGUAACAUACCAUUUCCUCUUUUGUAAAAUGAUGGGAUGUGACUAAAGUCACUUUCAACCCUAAAAUUCUAUGGGACAAAGAAAUAAAUUGCUUUAUUAAUAUUAAGAAUGUCAGCCCUUAGGAUUACAGUUUUGCAAAGUGUGCAGUAUGGAGCUGUAACCUUAGGCUAAUUUAAAAAAACCGUAAUACAAUAAAAUUGAAGGUAAAAAGAGGAUUGUAAUUUGAACUGCCAUUCAGGACUAUAUUUUCCUUUUCAAUAAACAUGCCAAACUUUAGUUUUCCUUUUGUAAUAAAUACUUAAGGACUUUG